UCACCGACUGGCUGAGAAGCAUCAGGACCAUCUUAAUUGGGGCUCAGCAAGGCAAACAAAAGUGUCUCGUGUGUUUGCAGACUCGAGAGGCUGCUCGCUCGUGUGGGCAAGCGCGAAGCACUCACUCAUUGCUGAGACGUGGACAAAGCAGCGAAAUCCAGUGCAAGCCAUCGCAGUAACUUCGCCUUGUCAAGUGGGACGGAGAGCCCAAAGCAUCAAUCAACACAUCACGGUACCCAUCCCCUCUUUUGGAGUUGCAGCGGCCUAGGCCAGCAUUGGCUCGACCCAAAGGUGGCAUCGGUUACAAAGAAGAAGUGGCUGUGUCCGGCAAGAGGAGCACUGCGCGUUUUGCUGAAUGUCUGCAUCGAUGCCCUUUCACAGUGAUGUAGUGCUCAGCCAGAAGCCCAGCAACGCAUCACUACCAGCCACAAUAGGCCGAUUGAGCUCCGAGCGAUUGUGAUCAGCUCGAUGAUCACACCGGACGGCUAUUUUUGUUCGGAUCGCUUGCCCAGACGAUGGCCUAGCAUACAACCCGAGCCAGUCUGCACCAUGAGCGCAGGGCGUCUGUACUCAAGUUUGGCGCUACUUAAAGCGAUACAAAAAUCCUUCUUUAGGAUUCACUCGGCCUUUGCUCACGUCUAUGCGUCCAUAACAAUCACGACGCUCGUGUCUGCCCCCCAAAAAAUCGCCGAAUGACGAAUGAUCGCGCCAAUUUUGAUGACGGCGGGCGUAAGUCCACGUUGUUGGCGUCGACUGCGCCCGCCAAGAAGAGGGAAGGACCCUAUCGGCGUUGUGCCCUGCGUAGCGAGCUGAGAACAGCAGUCACGAACUUACCUCCGCCCUCAGGGCCCCUUAAUAAUGCCUCUCGAGGUCCGCAGAUGCGCGAGUCCACCCUCCCCCAUCUUCCUUGCCUCCUCCUCUCACGGCCACUCAAUCGAUCCCCAGCAGUCUGCUCUGCCCCCUCAAGCCUCGCAGGUCGAGGUCCUCUUUUUGUUUGCACACUUCGCAAGCUCUGCCUUCAGCUUGCGCAAAUCCCACAUCAUUUCCCUCCCCAGCUCCUCGUCACCGCAGACACAGGCCUCAGGAGGCCUCGCAUCGUUCCCUCCCUCGAGGACAGUGUCUAUAUCACCAUCAUUACUCCCAGCGCGAUUCUAGCAAGCAGCUCUUGAGGAGCUGGCAACAUCCUCGCAGGCCGAGUCAUUCACGCCUUGACAUAUCCAGUAUUCCUGCGCCCUGAGUGGUACAGGCCUCCGGCGGGCCAGGUCAAACACAGCCGUCUGCGCUCCUUUGCUAUCCAUCUGCUAGCCCCAGAGCCCAGAUGAGCCCUUUCGCUUAC